CUUUGAAAAAUUCACAUUUUAAAAUUCUGAAUGGAAGAGGGAUCUCGAAUCCUUUCAUUUACUUAUACAACGGCCUGCUACGUGGUGUCAAAUUCUAUUCCCCGACUGCUUCAUAGCGCUUCAAAAACCUCACCAAAGCCCUGCGAGCUAGGGUUUGAAACAUCGGACAGAAUAAAUAAUCCAGACCAUGGCGGACCGGAAGAAGCGCCGCGCAGAUGCAGCGGACGAAGAUGACUCAAUCGCUGUCCGCGACAACCAAUCGAAAGCCGCCCUGGCCUUUAAGAAGCGUCUGAAGCCCGACAGCACCAUCCUGGCUUCCAUCAAAGAAUUCUCCAACGCAGCCAAGCAAGAAACCCCAGAGACUCGAACCCUCUCUGACCUGAACCUCCCCCACGCCUGCCGCGAGGUCAUCGACCUCGGCGGGGAGGCCGUAGAGCGGGAGAUCGAAAGGACGGUUCUCCAAAUCACGCGUUCAAUCCUCGCUGGUCACGGCUUUGGCUACAACGUCCCUUCCAGAAGCAACACAAAUCAACUCUACAUCCCUGAGCUUGACCGCAUUGUUCUCAAAGACAAAACAUCCUUCCGACAGUUUGCCAAUGUCUCGUCCGUCCGCAAAACCGCCAUUACCACCAAAAUUCUCCAGCUCGUACAUCAGCUCUGCAUGAAACAAAUCCAUGUCACCAAGCGAGAUCUGUUCUACACCGACGUUAAGCUCUUCCAGGACCAGGGGCAGUCUGACGCAGUUCUUGAUGACGUGUCCUGUUUGCUGGGGUGUACCAGGUCCAGUCUCAACGUUGUGGCAUCGGAGAAAGGGGUUGUUGUAGGGAGGUUGAUUUUUAGUGAUAAUGGCGAUCGGAUUGACUGUACAAAGAUGGGAGUGGGCGGUAAGGCUAUUCCCCCCAAUAUUGACCGGGUAGGGGACAUGGAGAGUGACGCACUCUUCAUCCUGCUGGUGGAGAAGGAUGCUGCAUUUAUGAGACUUGCUGAGGAUCGCUUUUACAAUCGCUUUCCCUGUGUCAUUGUCACGGCCAAAGGCCAACCCGAUGUGGCGACCAGGUUAUUUUUGAAGAAGAUGAAAACAGAACUGAAAUUGCCAGUUUUGGCCCUGGUGGACAGUGACCCUUAUGGUCUCAAGAUUCUGUCUGUUUACAUGUGUGGGUCCAAGAACAUGUCAUAUGACAGUUCAAAUCUUACGACUCCAGAUAUUAAGUGGCUGGGGAUUCGACCCUCAGACCUAGACAAGUACCACAUUCCUGAUCAGUGUCGGUUACCCAUGACAGAGCAGGAUAUUAAGACUGGAAAGGACUUGCUUGAGGAGGAGUUUGUGAAGAAGAACCCUGGGUGGGUUGAUGAGUUGAAUAUUAUGGUUAAGACUAAACAAAAGGCUGAAAUUCAGGCAUUGAGCUCCUUUGGUUUUCAGUAUUUAUCUGAGGUCUAUCUUCCCUUGAAGAUUCAGCAGAGGGAUUGGAUUUGAGGCUGCCAGAAUUGAACUUGGGGAAGAGUCUUCUCAUUACUAACGGAAUUAAGUAUGAAAGGGUUGAACUUCCAAUCAUGGGUUGUCACCGGAUGCUGUACCUUAAUUCUCCUCAAACUCUUCUUUGUUGGAUCUUUAGUCGUUCAAAAUGAAUUUAUAUUAUUGCUACAGGUUAUAUAGUUUAAUCUUUGGUAUGGUGGAGUUUUUCUGGGAAUGCCUUCUGUAUGUCUGUUUGCUGGCCAACCAAUUUGUUCCCAGCAAUUCGAGACAGCUAAAUUUGGUCAUACUUAAGGUUUUCAAUUUCCUGUUCUAGUCCUUCCAAUUCAUUGGCUGCAUCUUUUAUUAUUAUUUGGAUAAAUUCAAGUUGAUUGUAUAAAAGAGCAAGGAGAUUACAAUAAUAUAGGAUUCUCAUCCGCCAACAUCAUGUCUAAGCAAUAGCUCAAAUGACUUUAGUCACGUUCUCAGUUUAAGCAAUAAGGUAAAUGAAAUGCUCAUAUGGUUCAUGGAGGGCUAUUCAAACGGCAUUAAAAGUUUCCUCCAUCUGAGCACAUCAGAGGCUUUUACUUGUGAAAAGUAAAUCCUGCUAGAUUCAUAUACAGAAUUGAGGCUGGCAGUUGAAAAUUGAUAUCUGUUCUUACGAAUUCAAUAUGCUGUGUAUAAUGAUGCCAAGUGAGAACUUAACGAAUCAAUCAUGAGGUGAAAUUGCAGGGAGCCUACUGUUUGUUUCUUAUGCUGUCAUCUAUAUUAGCCAUUGUUUUAAUUUGUACUAAGAAUGAUAUCAUGUUCCAGAAAUUGACAAGAAGUUUCAUCUU